ACUUACCUUGUGCCUGGCUACCCUUUGUGUCUGGGGCAGAGGGGGUGGCCGGGGAUCUAGCGGGUCUGGGAAGUGGGACAUCACAGGAAAUUUGGACAGCAUCCGGCUCCAGACACAUGCACAGUGGAGGAGAAGACGACGGCAAAGUGACAGGACAGCGAUGAAAGAGACAGACAUGGAGAAGGACUGCGCGAAAUGAAUAAUUUCAGCUGUGUGCAGGCCAGACUUUGCACUAUUGAAGCCUAAGGAAGGACUUUUUAUAGUCUAUGCUGUGUUCACAUCUGUCAAGGGAACUGUGAUCUCUUCCCCUCUCUCUUCUUUGUCUUUGGUCUUCCACAAUCUUUAACACACAAAUGUCUUCUACUACUAACAGGGAACAACCCAUAUUUAGCACCCGAGCUCACGUUUUUCAGAUAGACCCAGUUACCAAAAAGAAUUGGAUUCCAGCCAGCAAACAUGCUGCCACUGUGUCCUACUUCUAUGAUGCCACAAGAAAUGUGUAUCGUAUCAUCAGUGUGGGGGGCAACAAGGCCAUCAUCAACAGUACCAUUACUCCAAACAUGACCUUCACUAAAACCUCACAGAAGUUUGGACAAUGGGCUGACAGUCGAGCCAACACAGUAUAUGGUCUAGGCUUUGCUUCUGAACAGAAUCUAAGCCAGUUUGCAGAGAAAUUCCAGGAAGUGAGGGAGGCUGCUCGACUGGCAAGGGAAAGAUCUCAAGAUAAGACUGAGCUAACAAACCCAGCCCUCAGUAUGACUCCACCACAGGUUGUACCUUGUCCCAUCAUUAGUGCCAAUGGACCAGGAGAUGAAAAGUUGUUUAGGAGCCAAAGUGCAGAAACAGAGUUUAGCACAGAGAGAGAGCGGGUGAAGAAGAUGCUGUCAGAGGGCUCGGUGUGCGAAGUGCAAUGGGAAGCGGAGUUCUUCAGUCUCCAGGACAACAACAACAAGUUGGUAGCCGCUUUGCGUGAGGCAAAUACUAAUGUGGAGAAAUGGAAGAAGCAGCUGUCUGGAUACCAAGAAGAGGCAGAAAGGCUACGGCUAAGGGUGGCAGAAUUGGAGUCAAAGUCCCAGUCCACAUUGACAGAUACAGACCAAGAAAGCGACCUUACUGAAAGACUGCGGGAUUUGGAAAGCCUACUAAAGAGUAAAGAAGAGGAGAUACUCCAUCUGAAAGGACAAAGACCAGACCUCACAGAACUGGAGAGUGAGCGAGAUGAUCUCUUGCAGAAGCUACGGGAGUUGGAGGAUCGAAACCAGGAGCUGGAGAAGGAGCUGCAGAAAGCCGAGCAGAACCUGAAAGAAACACAUUUGGAAAGGGACAGGAUACGAGAAGAGAUCAGCCGAGCAGGAGAUGAGCUGGAUGUAAAGAUCUGUCAGCUCAAUGAAAUGCGUUUGGGACUCUCCCAACUCCUAGACAGCAAUUGAGUGUUUGGAAAGGGUUGGUGCUGAGAACUGUUGAGAAUGAUUGUAUGCCCAAUGUAAUUUAGGGCAACACUAGCCUUGUUCCUGGGAGGUAAACAGAAGAAACAGGUGAGCCUGGAGUCCAACUAUAGCCGCUUCAUUCUAUUUACUGGCUAUUUGCCUGUAAAUCAUGUUAGUGUUCUAGCCCAGGCAGCUGUAGAGGUAGGAAUAACAGAUCACCUGCUCAGCCAGGACGAGCAUACCUUAGUUGCUCUUAUUUGUAAUAAUUACACUGCGUACCUAAUAGAAAAUAGAUUUUUUUCCAUCUGCAAUUUUUAUCAAUCCCAAACCAGGAACAAAAGCCAUGAAACAAAACCAAAAUAAAAACUGCAAAAGAUGCGGGAUAUGUCUAUGUAAACAAUUCAAUUCCCUUCUAUAAGCUAUUGGAUAUUCCAUGUAACCCAUCUGUAUUUCUACUCCAUAGACCAGCUUUCCGAGGACAGAUGCAGAAAACCAUCCCUGUGAAAUCUGGGACCAGCUAUCUAAAUGCCUUAAUUAAACUUGUGAUUGGACUGUUAGCAUCUUCUCAGAAGAGACAUUCACUUGUUAUCCUAAACAUUUUAUUUUUAAAAGGUACUUCUCAUUAGAUAUGAAGUAUGGUACUGCCGCUUAUUGAGACUAGUGUGCAAUAACUGUCAUUGCUAAAGCUAAUCCUUCUUAGAAGUAUGAAAAGCUAUUAAUAUAGCAAAUUAAGAACUGUGAAAAAAAAGGUAAUAGGUUAAUAGAAGGAAGAUACAUUCCCUGUUUAACUGAAUACAUGUCAAAGAUCUUCAGGGUUGGUGGACAUGAAUGGCCAGUAAAAUACACAUCCUUUCAUUGAUGGCCCAUUUCAGUGUAUUGUGGUAAUUACAUGGAAAAGGGAAUAAAUUAGGGGGCCUUCAUUUAGGCAAGCUUUUACAUUAUAUUUUCUAAAAGCAGACAGCCUACAGUUUGUUCUCUAAGUACUGUAAGCUCACUGCUUGUCAUUCACAUGCUGUUUUUAGUGACUGCAGCCAAAAACUCUUUGCAGUCCUAAGUGCCAGAAAUAAGUACAUACAUUAUAUCUAAAUUACUGCUUCUCAAUCUUUUUGUAUGUCAGGAACAGACUGGCAACUUUCUUAAAGUAGUGACAACUCCC